AUGUCAGUCGAAGACUUAGAUGGAAGGACCGUCUUGGCCUCAGUUACGGAAACAAUCAAUGCCCCGGCCAACGAAAUUUGGCCGUUUCUGUCGGCGAUCGGAGCCGAGAGGAUCCUGAUCCCGGGCUGCACCCGAUCCGCCGUGCUGGAAGGAUACGGCCACGGCGCCGUCCGUCGCGUCUACUUUGGCGAAGUCUAUUUUGACGAGCGAAUACUCGUGUGCGACCACACUAGCUUCAAGUUGCAGUACGAAGUGCUUGAGCCGAGCUCGAGUCCGGCAACGGAAGUCCUUGCGGCCGCGCAACUUCAUCCUUCCAGCCCAGAAGAGACUAUCGUCACCUGGGUAUCUGGGGCUAAGAUAGUGGAGCAGCAGCAUGAAAAUAGCGUUAAGCAACAGGCUGUGGCAUUUUGUCAAGGCCAGAUCGCAUCGCUGAGGAGGUUGACUCAGGCUGCAAAGGCUUCCUAG